GCGUAGCGCGGGGAGAGAGACGUCCAGCACGGCCUGUACGUCGGUGCUGUGCCCGGGAGAAACGGCUUUGGGAUCAGAGCUCGUCCUCCGGUUAUGCAGUCGACUGACAUAUUCGAAACAUCAGGAUGAAGUUAAUCUUUCUGCUAGGACUGCUUAUCUUCACAUAUGCACUUGAAGAGUCGUGUAUCGAAAGAUGUGAAAAUGGUUUUGACACCACCAAAACUUGCCAGUGUGACUCAAUGUGCACAUACUACCAGACCUGCUGCAAUGAUUACGAGUCCAUUUGUCGUAUUAGAACUCGUGGAGACACCUUCCCUUCAUAUCCUGAGGAUUAUGAUGAGGACACAAACAGCACAGACGUGCCUGGCGUGUCCAGAUCAAAGCACACACUCCUGAUCCCUUCUUCAGAAACCUUUGCCGAAAUUUCCAGCCUGUUGACACCAACUUCACAAAGCUUAGACAAAACUGAUGCAAAUCCCACAACCGCAGCUGCUGCAACUACACCAUUACCCUAUAGAAUCAAAGAGCCCAUCACGACUGCAAGCACACCCACAACUGCAGACCCCCAACCAACAAAAGCCCAAGACCCCGAUGCUGAGGUGUGCAGCGGUAGACCUUUUGACUCCUUCAUGCAGCUCAAAAACGGCUCUAUCUGCGCCUUCAGGGGAAAAUACUUCUUUGAGCUGGAUGAGAGAUCAGUUCUGCCGGGUUACCCAAAGCUCAUCCAAGACGUCUGGGGAAUUAAAGGUCCAAUAGAUGCUGCCUUCACUCGCAUAAACUGCCAAGGAAAGACGUACAUAUUCAAAGGUAAUAAAUACUGGAGGUUUGAUGAUGGUGUUCUAGAUGAGGACUACCCACGAGAUAUAUCUGUGGGAUUCGAAAAGAUACCAGACCACCUGGAUGCCGCCUUUGCCAUUCCUGCUCACAGCCAUCAUGGCAAAGAGAAGGUUUAUUUUUUUAAAGGAGACGAGUAUUACCAGUAUGAAUUCAAGCACCAGCCAACCCAUGAGGAGUGCAUUAGGAUGUCUUUAAGAUCUCCUUCAGCUCUCUUCAGCAGAUACACUGAUAUUUACAACGACCGAUGGGUUGAACACUUCAACCAGCUUUUCAGAGGAGCUCAAAGUCACCAUGGGGGCCAUCGUUUCAUAAACAAAGACUGGAUUGGCAUCGAAUCUCCUGUGGAUGCUGUGCUAGCUGGCAGACUCUACGUUACUCCAAGGUGGCCAAGCAGGAGGCAACAGGACAGAAAUUACCAGAGGGAAUGGAGCCAGCAGUGGGACCAGCAAUGGAACCAACAAAGGGGGCAGCAGUGGGACCAACAACGAAACCAGCAAUGGGGAUCUAGGCGAAGGCAGAAUAGAUCUCCAUACUGGGAGACCUUUGCUGAAAGGGGCAUCAAUAUUGGACAGGAGUUUGCUCAGAGGUUUGGGCAGGACAGGAGGCGAGACCAGGACAGACGCAGGGACUAUUAUAACAGGCGGAAUGACUAUGAUUAUGACUAUGGAUACAACCCUUCUGAAGAUAUAGUCUAUGACAUACUGCGCAGGAGACAGCCCUUACAAAGUGUCUACUUCUUCAAAGGAGAUAAGUACUACAGAGUGAAUCUACAGACCAAGAGAGUUGACAAUGCAAACCCUCCAUACCCAAGACCUAUUGGCAAAUACUGGCUCGGCUGUAAAGACACACCUGGAGCAGAAAAGAGAUAAUUUAU